CUCUAAAGGCUCCAACCAGAGCAGGGUUCCCUUCAGCAUGGUUCAACAGGGAUUCUCUAUUGACCUCAUUCUAGCAAGGAAUAGAGAGGAGGCACCAGAUGGAAAGGACUCAGUAAGCUCCAGGCCCCACAUACCUUGUGCCCCACAACCACUGGCCCCAACCAAGUAUGCCAAGGAGAUACCAAGGAGAAAGGAUGGACAAGAACAAGGAGAUGCCACCAGCUUCCAGAGCUCCUUAGGGAAACAUGGGGACAAGCUGCAUUAUUCUAGUCCUUCCUCAGCUGCUUUGCACAGGAAUUGGGGGAGCUCGGAUGAAUUCUCGUCGGCUGGUUCAGAAGAUGACAGUACCGACGGUUUUCCCAGCCCAGUAAGAAAUUCCCAAGAAACUGAGACUGACUGCAGGGGGAAAAGUCCUAAAUCUGAUCUCCAGCGCAGACUGAGAACGGCAUUCACCCCCCAGCAGAUCAGCAGACUGGAACAGGCAUUCAAUAAGCAGAGAUACCUUGGGGCAUCUGAAAGGAAGAAGCUGGCAACAUCUCUCCGGCUCUCAGAAAUACAGGUUAAAACCUGGUUCCAGAACCGAAGGAUGAAACUGAAGAGGCAGAUACAAGACCAGCAGCACAGCAUGGUUCCUCCGCCAGUCUGUUACCCCCAGACCUUCUCUUAUUACCCUGGUGGCCUUCCUGUCCCAUUAAACAGUGGAAGUUUUUUUCAGCCCCCGGCACAUCCAUUCCAGACACCACAGCAUUCAUAUAUUCCAGAUCCACGCUUUAUUCCGCAGACACUCCCCCACCAUGUUAGGAUGAGCAGUUCUCUCCAGGAACAAUAUUCACCACUCUUUGGUGCUCAGUACAUGGGAGCUAUGGCUCAGUAACAGAACUCGGUUUUAGUGGGCUUUGUUGUUUAACUUAUGUAGUAUAACUAUUUUAUAUACAUUUGUAAAUAGCUGAUAUAUAAUUUAAUUAAUGUAAUGUAAGUAAUGUAUAUAGUUUUGCUUGUACAGUAAAUUGAAAUCUUUUUUUUUUUUAAGAAAAUUCAGUAAAUAUGAGGUAUAAUUUGG